AGGAGGAGGGAGGGUGAUAUUUUCCAUAAAGCCUCUUUAUUCUCUCUCUCUAUCUGCCCUUGAGCAUCCCGGGUAAACCCGAGCUUGUAAAGUAGGGACAGUAGGAGGAGAGAGGGGACGGAGGGCGGGCACAAGCUUUUCCUCAAAGUCAAUAUUUUAUACUUUUGAUACUCCUGGAUUUCGGUCCUCGUUUCCCUGCCGUUCCAGAUCUAGGACAGCGAUCAACGAUCUGCGCAGCCAUUCACGGCGUGAUUUUAUUUCUUUUUUUAAAAAAAAAGGGGAAAAAAAAGUAUCCAACAGAAGAGAAGGCACAAUCAAACAGGCAGAUCACGGGAGUACAGUGAGGACGGACGGAGAGGAUUUUUGUGGCCAAAGAGAGGACGACGGUGUUUUCACGGAUGCAUGUUUGAAGACAAUCACUGGAGCUCAGUCCAAUGGAUGCACCUGAGGACACGGCGACUUCUCCGUCACCCUGCCCGACUUGCCCCACUGUUUGUCCGCAGGACGCCGCUCUCUGAGACAUGGAUGCACGCUGACGCUCCCACACCCAACUCCCUGCAACACUAUGGUGAAAGUAUAUGCCAGCAAGAACAAUCUCUGUAACAUUAUCCGCCUCUCCAUCCACCGCCCAUCUUCCUCGGGAAGUCAGUCUUCCAAUCAGCAAAGUAUCUGGGCUCUGCAUGAGCCGUCAAUAUUUAUGAAGAGACACUGAGCCAAAGUUGCCGAUACUGUGUUUUUCCUGCUAUUUAGGGAAUUUAUAAACCUGGAGGCGAGUCGUGUCCAUUCAAAGUAUAGCAGUAUGGUGGUAUAGGGAUGUCCACCAUUUCCUCAUGAUCACCACUCCAUGCGCGUCACCUCUCCUCUGAGCUCCGUGGCCCCCUCACCCUGCGCCGGACCUCGCUCCAAACACUCCCCCAGCCUGCCAUGCUCCUCCAGGCCGUGUUACUGUUGCUCCUGCACUGUGUGGCCUCCACUCUAGGCCAGUACGAACUGUGCAAAUCCCUGGUGAGCACGGAUGAGGGCUCAGUGUGGGAGCAUUACGCGUGCCAGCCCAAACCCGCGUCCAUGAAAGACUACAUGCGGAUCAAGGUAGAUCCACCCGGAAUCACGUGUGGAAACCCCCCGGAGAGGUUUUGCACUCUGGAGAAUCCAUACCUGUGCAGUGAUGAGUGCGAUGCCUCUAACCCAGACUUGGCUCAUCCUCCUCAGCUGAUGCAGGAUCGUGAACGCAACGGCCUAAUCACUUACUGGCAGACGGUCACAUGGAGACGCCACCCAGAGCCCCUGCUGGCUAACAUUACUAUGUCUUGGAACAAGAGUCUGGAGCUCACAGAUGAUGCCCUGAUCACCUUUGAGUACGGUCGUCCCACUAUCAUGGUGCUGGAUAAAUCCAUGGACCAUGGGCGCUCCUGGCAGCCCUACCAGUUCUAUGCUGACGACUGUCUGGACGCCUUCAACAUGCCACCCAAGCGUGUGCGUGACCUUUCACCUGCCAACAUCACAAAGGUCAUCUGCACUGAGCAGUACUCGCGUUGGGUCGGUUCCAAGAAUGACAAGAAUGUUAAGUUUGAGGUGCGGGCACGCUUUGCUGUGUUUGCCGGAGCUCGGCUACAGAACAUGGACAAUCUGUACACUCGCAUGGAAAGUAUGAAGGGAUUGAAGGACUUCUUCACCUUCACCAACCUUAGGUUGAGGCUUCUCAGGCCGGCCCUUGGAGGCACAUAUGUCCAGAGAGACAACCUGCUCAAGUACUUCUAUGCCAUCUCAAACAUCGAGGUACCAGCCAGGUGUAAGUGCAACCUACAUGCCUCCCAGUGCCUGCUGCAGGAUGGGAACCUCCAGUGUCAGUGUGAACACAACACCACAGGCCAGGACUGCCAGCGCUGCAGGAAGGGCUUCAAAGCCAAAUCCUGGAAGGCUGGUUCCUACCUUCCGACACCUAACGGAACACCCAACACUUGUACAAUUGCUGGUUCCCCCUCCGGUUCUAACUCCAUUGACUUCAGCAGCUCUGAUCACAGUGAAGAGGUUCUCCCUCCAGGAGAGGAGCACAGAGAUUCCUUGACACCGGAAGAGUCCGCACCCUCGGACACAAUCCACACACACUCACAUCUGUCCCACCCAGUCCCUAAGGAGCCCGCACAUCACGCAGUUGUUUUCGAUCAUCAUCACCAUCCAGUCACAGCCGACCACCAUCACACAACUUUGGUCAAUACUGGGGAAAAUCAGGCAAAGAAUGGUCAGAGAGGAGUCUCUCACACGUCUGAGGAACAUGAGACACACUUUCACAAAACAACCAUCUCGUCUGAGCACGGAGAGGAGGAAGGAGAUGCUGAGAGCAGAGUCUCCCAUGAUUUUGAGAAGCACGAGCCUCACAAAAUUACACACACGUCUGACCACGGAGAGAGAGGAGAGGAGUUAAAAGAAGAUGAAAGAAAAGUGUCCCAUGAAUCUGAUCACCAUGGACAUGACACUCAUGGAGAAAAACAUUCAACCUCAUUUGAACACAAUGAGAGGGGUAGAGAAAGAAAACCUGAGGAAAUAGUUGCCCACAACUCUGAAGAACAUGAACACGAGAGUCAUGGCCACAAAACUACAACUCUACAUGAGCACAGAGACACAAAGUGGGAGCAUACAGAAGCUGACAGGACAGUCUCCCACAACUCUGAGGGACACGUACACGAGACUCAUGGCCACAAAGCAACAACCUCAUCUACGCACGGAGAGAAGCACGACCACAAAGAAAGACAUGCUGAAAGGACAGACCACCACAAGACUGAGGAACAUGUUCACGAGACUCAUGGCCACGAAACGUCAACCUCAUCUGACCACAAGGAGGAAAAAGAAGGCCUCCACACGCACGAGACUCAUGGUCACAGGACAGCAGCCUCGUCUGAGCACGGAGCAACAUGGGGGGAGGAGGGGGCGCAUACAGGGAGGAAAGUUUCCCACCAUUAUGAGGCACAUGUUCCUGAAAGUCAUGGCCACAAAACAGCAACCUCAUCAGAGCAUGGAGAGGAGCACCACCACAAAGCAAUAAUGACAGACCACCACAAGUCUGAGGGACAUGAGCACCAUGGUCACAAGACAUCAACUUCAUCUGAGCACAGGGAGAAAGGACAGGAGAGGGAGGAAGAGGAGCAUAGAAACAGAAACUCUGAAAGAAAAGUCCUCCAUCAGCUUGAGGAACUCAUGCAUGAGACUCAUGGCCACAGAACCACAACCUUGUCAGAGCACGGUGAGAGACAGGAGGAGAAAGAAAGAAACGCCAAAACAACAGGCCACCACGUGUUUGAGGGACAUGAACAAGAGCCACACGGACACAAACAUGUGACACCUGGCCAUAAACAUGACACACAUGGGUACAAACAUGAGCUACAUGGCCACAAAACGACAGCAUUUUCCAAGCAUGAGGAGGAGACAGAUGAGGUUGAAAGACACGCUGAAAGGAAAGUCUCCCAGAGGUCUGAGGGGCAUGUACAUGAGACUCACAGCCACCAAAUCACAGCCUCAUCUGGGCACGGAGGGGAAAAACAUGAGGAGGCACAUGACGACAGAAGAGAGUCUGGGGGACAUGUGCAUGAGAUUCAUGGCCACAAAGCCGCAAGCACACCUGAGCACGGACACAUCAGGCAUGAAGAGAUGCAUAGAGAAAGCAAAGUUUCCCACAAGCCUGAAGAGCAUGUACAUAUGACACAUGGUCACCAAACAACCUCAUCUGAGCAUGGAGAGGAAAGAGAGGAGGACGGACAUGUGACAGUCUUUCAUAAGUUUGAGGAAAACGAACACAAGACUCAUGGCCAUAAAGAAACAUCCUCACAUGGGCACGGGGAGGAGAGAAAACCUGAAAGGAAAGACUCCCAUGAGUCUGAGGAACACGUUCACGAGACUCAUGGCCACAGACCAACAACCUCUCAUGGGCACAGGGAGGAAAGAAAGCCUGAGAGGAAAGUGUCCCAUCAUUUUGGCGAACACGUCCAUGAGACACAUGGCCACACACCAGGAACUGCAAAUGAACACGGCCAUGACACUCACAAUCACAGGACUGUGUUAUCCGAGCGUGGAGGGACACAGAAGGAGAGGCAUGAGGAAACACAUGUCCACCACAAGGCUGAUGGACACAAAUAUGAGACUCAUGGCCACAAAACAACAACAACAACAAUCUCUCAUAAGCACGGGGAGGAGGGGCAUAGAGAAAGAAAACCUGAAAUGACAGUUCACCACACGUCUGAGGGUCAUGUACACGAGACUCAUGGCCAUAAAAUCACAACGUCUCAUGAGCACAGGGAGGAGAAGCAUGAAGAAAAGAAAGUCUCCCAGAGCCACGGUCACGAGACUCAUGGUCACAAAGCAACAACCUCACAUGGACACGGGGUGGAAAGAAAGCCUGAAAAGAAAGUGUCCCACGAUAUUGGCGAGCAUGUACAUGAAACACAUGGCCAAAAAGCAUCUGAACACGGCCAUCAGGAGCACAGCCACAGAUCAAGGGAGGGGCAUGAAGAAACACAUGUCUCCCACAAUUUUGGGGAACACUUACAUGAAACAAACAGCCAUAAAACCACCUCAUCUGAGAAGGAGGAGGAGGAGGAGCACGCAAAAAGAAAGGCUGAAAAAAGAGGGCUCCUGAAACUCUUGAUCUCAGGAGAGCCUCAGGCCAGACAGUUGUUUGGGAUCAUAUAUGAUGAUUUCAAAGACUGUGAGUGCUACGGCCACUCCAACCGCUGCAGCUACAUCGACUACCUGAACAUCGUCACAUGUGUCAGCUGUAAGCACAACACCAGGGGCCAGAACUGCCAACACUGCAGACUGGGAUACUUCCGCAACGCCUCUGCUGAACUGGAUGAUGAGAGCGUCUGCAUCGAAUGUAACUGCAACCAGAUGGGUUCUGUUCAUGACCGGUGUAACAGUACAGGCUUCUGCCAAUGUAAAGAAGGCGCCACGGGGGCCAAGUGUGAUGACUGUCUGCCGGGCUACUACUGGAAGCAAGGUUGUUACCCCAACAUUUGUGAUGAAGAGAUGCUCCUGUGCCAGAACGGAGGAACAUGCUAUCAGAACCAGAAGUGCAUAUGUCCUCCAGAGUUUAAGGGGGUACUGUGCCAACACUCCCGCUGCGAGGCGGGCAAAGACUGCAAUGCCGCCUCUUCGCCGCGCCUCUCUAUAACCAGCCUGCUGCUCUGCACUCUGCUAGCCCACCUGCUGGCUACGUUAUCUCCCCACUGAGCCACGACAAACGCCCCUCAGACCAAGGAGUGUGUGUAUAAUGUGUGUGUGUGUCCGUGAGGAAAGUGGAGACCCAGACUAGGUAGGGCCAUCUAAGUCAUGGACCUGUUGAAUACACACACCGCAGCACUCGCAAAAGAGCACACACUCACGCAAAACACCAGAUAUCUCCAAUCUCUUUUCAGACACAGACAAACACACACACACACAUACACACACUCACACACACACACACAUCUCACAGGACAGUUAUCAUAGUGAGUGUGUGCUCAGGUGUGAGAAGUAUGAUGAACAGAAAAAAAAAGGGCCUCAGAGAAAAGAGAUGAAGGGGGCAAAAUUAUACCAACCACUGUUCCCUUUAUUCCUGAGCUGGAGAAAUGUGCAUCAAACCAAAAAGCAUUAAGAAAACACUUAAAUCACCACUGUUUCACUUCAAAGGGAAUGGCUGUAGUAACCACGAGGAACUGUUCUCUUUUUUGUCUUUGUUUUCUUUUCUUGGUUGAGUUAGUAACGUCACCUCGAUUAGACUGACGGCCAAAUGUGUGUGAUCAGACUCUGUGAGAGGACGAGACGCACGAACAAGAUGGACGGGUCAGGAGGGGGUGGGGGGGGUGCAUUUGAUCCUGUUGCUGAGGCCUAUAUAGUAUAUUAACCAGGUUUCAUUUCUUCUCAAAAAAGAUGGGACUUGAUUUUACAUUUAUUCUACUUCUGCUGCAUUUUUUUUAUUAUAUUGUCAGUCAUUGUAUCUAACGUGCCCACUAACAGUCGCUGAGAUUAUACAUAUUAUAUAAUAUCCAGGGGGGUUACGAAUUACAAAAAAAUAGUCACUAUUAUGGUUGUUAUAGGAAUGAGUGAUUGUUGCCACACUUAGCGAGAUUUAAUCUUCACACAGUAUUCAGGAAGCAGAAUUUAAGAGAAUUUAACUAAAAGAAAAGAGAGAAAAGAUAUCAACCACGUAUCAAUAUUAUAUGACAUUAUUUGACUAUUUUUUGUAGAAAUUAUUUUUGUUUGGAGUUACAAUAAAUUAUAAAAAAUGGCAUUUACAGCUAUUCCAAAAGAGCAUUUUAUUACACUGAGUGUAAACCUUGCAGUAAAUAUGACUGUUAUUUGCCUUGUGUUUGUUGUUUUUUUUCCCCCCAAUUACUCCAAAGUCUGCAAUCACAUGUUAAUAUUUUCAGUUUCAGCUCGGUGAAAGAAGGAUAAAUCAGGCAGGAGGAGGAAAGCAAGCCAUCACUCUACAUCAUCAUUUUGAUGAUUUUCACUCACUUUGACAUGGCGUUCAAUGAUUAUUCCAACUUGCAAUCCAACAGCCUGUUUGACAAUCACAAAUAACUGCUUUAUUGUCCAAAGAAUAUAAAUUAUUUUAUCCUGAUAAAAGAGCUUUUAUAUAUCUGUCGUUGUCACUUGCAGAAGCACCACAAGACAGUAAACAAAAUAAUUCUCCACGAUACAAACGUUAGAAAUACUAUGAUUCGCAAUGGUCCCUUAGAGACGGAGACAGACGGAGAGUAAUGUCUCAAGGCCACAUUUUCUCCUCUUUAACUCAACUUAAGAUCGCUGAUAUUUACAAGGCUGUUCCACCAAAAAAAAAAGUUGUCUGACUAUAAUUCAUUUUAUUUAUUUUUUUUUUUUUUUAAAACCUGCAAAUCAAUUUCGCUGAAAAAUGUGCCAUUGCCGAGUCUGCCCGGGAACACGGUGGAUAAAGGAACAAGAACGCUGUAUUACACCAAGAUACAGUGAACAUCAAAGAUAAAAGAAAUACUAGGAGAGAUGACAAGACUAAGAUUCUGGUAUAACUCGUGUAGGGCUUGUCCUCUCCGAGCCUGGAUGUUGUCAAGAGUUGACACAAUGUACAUGUUGUGCAUGUGUAGUACAUAUGAAGCUACAUGGAGCUAGGCUGGUUAUUUGGGAAAACAGGUAACUGGGCUCCAAGUCAAGUCCAGAACCAUCCAACUUCCAUUAAAUUCUCUGGACCCCCCCUAAUAAACAAUUAACAAAGGC